AUGUCGUGGGUCGUUGAACAAAGUGACAAUACAUCUGCUGUUAACGUCAACGGUGAUACAAUCACAUGUACGAGCACAAAUGGUUAUGGUAGUCCGAUAAAUGUUUUAUACAAGGAUGCAGCUGAUAAGAACGGACAAUAUUUUUGGGAGUUCGAUGUGAAAGAAGCCGAUGAGCAAGGUGGUGUUUCAGUUGGUCUAACAACUAAUCAAGGCUUUCAAAGUGGCUGGGCUUUGAAAGCAAUGAAAUAUUUAGGCAAUCUAUCGGACGGUGGUUGUCUACUCGUUCAAUCGUUUGGUGAUUCAAUAAGUCAAGGUGAUAAAGUUGGCGUUCUAUUGCAAUUAACCGAUGCAGAAAUGAAGAUGUACUUAUUUCAUAACAAUCGACCAUUAGGUUUAGCAUUUCAUUUUCAAUCUCCAUAUCCGAAACCGUUGUAUCCAGUGGUUAGUUUCAGUUCAAAUGGAAAAGUCAAAAUCUCUCGUUCGCAACAAAUUCCAUCCGGACUAAAUCGUGCUGCACUUCAAUAUCAAGGAAUCGAAGGCGAUUGGAAGAUUGUUGAAUAUUCUCAAUAUCCGGAAUGCGUUGGUUGCAAAUUCGAAAUAAAACAACAAGAUGACAGCGGCAACGUUUACCAUCUCUACGCUCACGUGGUCAACAAUUUAAAUUGCCGAUUAGAACAUAAUACAUCAAAGAACGAAUGGAAACCUUCACAUGUCAUGUCCACAAUGAUGGCAGGUCCUCCCGAAGAGAUGAACAAAGAAGCGGCUAUUAGCAGUUUGAUUGGCUCCAUCCAACGUUUGGACGCACAAGGUCAAUCAGGAUUAGUUAUUCGAACUAAUAGUGGUGAACAAGUGCGAUUAGAACGCUACUCAAAAGCAGAAGAGAACAUGACGUAUGUCUAUCUUGAUGACUCAACUGCGAAGGAGAAAUUUUAUGCAACAGAUAUCGCUCAAGAACCUCAACAAAUAUGUUUUCGUGUCGAUGAUGAAUAUCGACUGACUGUCGAAAAAGCAAAACAUGCCAAAUGUAAUUGUGAAAAUCCGUCUGAUGGUCUCUCAUGUGACGAAUCAGCUGCAAUCUACUUAUUUUCAAUGAGAUGGCAACCUGUCGAUCAAUGUCUUUGCUUUGUUCUGAACAAAACACUUCGCGAACAGAAUAAUACUCAACUGCACGUCUGGAAAUUGUAUUUGAGAUUGUUAUUGACUGCGUUAAAUCGUCUUCCAUCGACUCGCAUCACUUUUCAUCAAGAUAUCGAACACGAACGAACUAGACGACUUCGAAAAGAUCAUCUUCUCGUCUUUUGGGACUUUACAUUUUGUUCCCUAUCAACUCCUCUACCUCGCAAGCUGAAACAGAUCAGUUUUUAUACCAAAACUCGAACGACUUUUUCAUUUGAAUGCCGAAAUGCAAAAUUCAUCGAACGACACUCUUGGGAUCCUUCUCAAAACGAAUAUCUUCUCCUUCCCACACAAUUUCAAUUCGUCCGAUAUCUCGAUCGAAGAACAGAUCUUGAGAUCAUUCAAGUGAAAGAAUAUGACACAAAACAGCCACUCAUCGAUUUCAUCGAAGCAUCCAAUCAACAUCAUCGUCCAUCGAUUCCAACUCAAGAGAUUUCACGCACAACAUACAAAAUGCCUUCAUCAAAUCCCAACUUAGAACGACUCAUCGAACUUCAUCAACCUCAAUCAGAUAUAAACUUAACGUAUCAAAAUCUUACUACCGAUGAUAUGUCCAUAAUCGUGGAAAAAGCCAUUAUCGGAAAAAAGUGCACGCGAUUGUUCUUAGAUAAUAAUUAUAUCACUUAUGAAUGUAUGUGUAUCCUAGUCAAUGCAUUCCCGCAUAACACAACUUUACAAGAAUUAUAUUUACGUGAGACUGGUCUUUAUGAUGUUAGUGUUCAACUUUUAGCGCGUACACUUGCGUUGAACAACUGCUCAAUCAAAGCAUUGUACAUGAAUAGAAAUUAUAUCACCGAUCAAGGAGCAGGAUAUUUAGCCGAAAUGCUCAAAACAAACACGACACUCACACAAUUACAUCUCUUCAAAAAUCGAAUAGACAAGAAAGGUGCACAAUUGAUUAUGAAUGUUAUGGGGCAAGAAAAUAAAAAUCUUCUAUAUUUCGGCCAUGAAUAUUAUGAACAGAAAAAGAAUUCGAGGUUGCGCACGAUACUCCAUGUGCUUAAUUGUGUGAACAACUAA